GGAAGUGUUCCCCAGCAUGACGUUAAAAAGUGAUGGUUAGACGUCAUGUUAAUAACAAUCAACCACAGUGAUCAACUAGAAUCAUAGAACGAGUGAGCAAGUUAUUGUAGACUCUGCCAAAUAUAUACUCGCCGUCCUCGGCGUCAUUGCGUCAAGUUCUUACUUUGAAAGCAUCAUACGAAGACCAUCCAAAGCUGGAAAUACUAUAUCAGCUCACAGUACGCACAGCGGCGACGACGACCACACGACAGCAACAGACAACAGAACACUAUGCCGACAGCAAUCGUGACCGGUGCUACGGGGAUCACUGGACGGGCCGUCGUCGACCAUCUGCUCAAAGCACCAGAAUGGACCAAGGUAACAACCAUGUCACGCUCUCAACAACCCACCCCGAACCCUAAACUCAAGCACGCAACAAUCGACUUGCAAUCCUCAGCGCACACAAUGACAGAAGACCUCAAGGACGUGGAUGCAGAUUAUGUCUUCUUCUGCGCGUACCUCGCGCGGGAUGACGAGAGCGAAGCCGCGAAAGUCAAUGGCGCCAUGCUCCAGAACUUCAUCGAGGCGCUGCACCACACUGGCACUAUCAAACACCUCAAACGGCUGAUCCUGGUAAACGGCCUGAAACAGUACGGCGUACACCUCGGCCGUGCGAAGCAGCCAAUGCACGAGACAGACACUUGGCUCGAAGGAGACCCGUGGCCGCCCAACUUCUACUACACGCAGCAGCACAUUCUGGCCGACGCCGCUAAAAAGGACGACAACAAAUGGUCAUGGGUCGUCACAUACCCUCAAGAUGUCAUCGGCGUAGCGAAAGCCAACUUCAUGAACCUGGCCACCGCGCUGGGCUUGUACGCCAGCAUAUCCGCGGCGUUGCCGGACCACGAGCUGCCGUUCCCAGGCAGCAAAACGAACUACCUGGGCUUCAAUAACUGGACAUCCGCGAAUCUUCACGCCGAAUUUUGUCUUUGGGCCGCGCUGGAGCCCAAGGCAGGGAAUCAGGGUUUUAACGUCGUCAACGGCGAUACCGAGAGCUGGCAGAACCUGUGGCCCCAGCUGGCGGCACGAUACGGCGCGAAGAUCCCACCGAACAUGUUUCCCGGUGGUGAUGACGGAAGUUACAAGGACUAUGAAGCGGCGCAUACGGAGCUGCCCACGCCGAUGCCGUUAACUGAAUAUGCCGAGAAGAUUGGGCUCAAGGACGAAUUUGAGGGCAAGCACAGCGUUAUCCACCAGCAGAUCGAUACGACUAAGUGGGCGAAACGCCCGGAGGUGGUGAAGAAGUGGGAGGAGAUUCGUGACAAAGCUGGCCUCGAUCAACAGACGUGGGAGAAGGCCACGUGGGGAUUCCUGACGUUCUUGCUAGGAAGGAAAUUUUCGUGUGUGGUGAGCAUGAGUAAGGCCAGAAGUCUAGGCUGGACAGGAUAUAAAGAUACUUGGACUGCGUUUGACGAAACGUUCGCGGAGUUGGAGAAAGAGGGCAUCUUGCCCAAAGUCAGUCAAUUGAAGGACUAAAACUACCUUCAAGUCAUCUUAAGAUAGUAAUGGAUACUGGCCAGCGCUUGGUAUCAUAUCUCACAGAUGGACUGUAGCGAGCAAGACGCUCAAUACGUCCUCACACCAACCCUUCCAUUCUCAAUGUCAAAUGCCACACCGAGUCCUCUGAAGAACGGCUCUCCAAGAACCCACAUAUUCUUCAUGCCACUCUUUGACCACUUCUUCCGAAGACCCAUACUCGUCUCCACGACAGCGCCAACACAAUAUCCCGUCCCGUCACUCAAUUUCCCCAGACU